AUGAAGAAGGCGCUUUUUGAACGCAUGCAAGUGGCUCCUGUUGACCAGCAGGCCAGUUCUGCGGAUGCCAGCGAUUACUAUUAUCGCAUAACAUUUGUUUUGGGCCUUACGCCGCCCAAAGAGGGUUUGGCCAGAUGGAUCUACUUUUUGUGGAGCGCGAUUGUGAUGUGGCUGGGCAUUGUAUACCUGCCGCUGGGACUAACCCUCACCUAUGUGCUGCACUUCGAUAGGUUCACGCCGACCGAGUUUCUCAGCUCCUUGCAAGUGGACAUCAACUGCAUCGGCAACGUGGUCAAGAGCUUUGUGACCUUUUCCCAGAUGUGGCGACUCCGCAGGAUGAACGAACUGAUUGCCCCGUUGGAUGCGAGAUGUGACACUCCGUCGCAGCGUCAGAUACUCCAUAAGGUGGUGGCUCGGGUGAACCUCACAGUGUUUAUCUUCGUAUCAAUGUACUUGGGUUUCGGUUUCCUAAACGUCUUCACCUCGGUGCUGGCGGGCAAGGCACCUUGGCAGCUGUACAACCCGUUUGUGGACUGGCAAAACGGCUACUGGCAACUGUGGAUUGCCUCGUUCCUGGAGUGCUUUGUCGUCAGCAUUGGAACGAUGCAGGAACUGAUAUCCGAUGCCUAUCCCAUUGUCUUCGUCUCCUUGUUCAGGGGUCAUCUGGCUGUGCUCAAGAAUCGAAUCGAGAAUCUGCGACAGGAUCCGGAGCUCAGUGAGGAGGAGAACUACAGGCAGUUGGUGGCCUGCAUCCAGGAUCAUCGCACCAUUGUUGAAAGUGCCCAAGUCAUUAGACCCAUUUUGUCGAUCACCAUCUUUGCCCAAUUCAUGCUAGUUGGCAUUGAUCUGGGUUUGGCCGCCAUCAGCAUCCUAUAUUUUCCGAACACCAUCUGGACGAUCAUGGCGAAUGUUUCGUUUAUCCUGGCCAUUUGCAUGGAGUCCUUUCCGUGCUGCAUGCUCUGCGAACAUCUGAUCGACGAUUGUGCCCAUGUCAGCGACGCACUUUUCCACUCGAACUGGAUAAGUGCAGAGAAGCGGUACAAGUCAACGGUUAUUUACUUUUUGCACAGGGUCCAGCAACCCAUUCAGUUUACAGCCGGCUCGAUUUUUCCCAUUUCGGUGCAAAGCAACAUUGCUGUGGCCAAGUUUGCCUUCACCAUCAUCACAAUCGUCAAUCAAAUGAAUCUGGGCGAGAAGUUCUUCAAUAACAGGGCAAACGCCGAACCCGACCUUUAA